AUGGUUUUUAUAGUGGUACUAGUGGGGUGUGGUGGUGAUGUUGGUGCUAAUAGUAGUGGGGUUUUUGAUAGUGGUGGUGAUGUUGGUGCUAGCACUAGUAAGGGCAUUUCUUUCAAUGGGCAAGGGCUAGCUGGCCGUCGGUUGGAAUCAAUGGGAGAUGUAGGUAAACAGGAUAAUUUUGGAGCUAUGUUUUGCCCGCAUGAGCAGCCGCCAAGGUUGUCUGAUGGGUUGAAAGAGCUUAUUAAAAGUGUUGGUCAGUUGAUUGUUGGGGUUUCGGAAGGUUUUCGUGAUGCAUUGCUGAAAUAUUCAAUUGUUCAUUCUUUUGAGUUUGACUUUGUAAAGAAUGAAACAGAGAGAGUGAUUGCUGUUUGUAUGGUAAAAUAUUGCAAGUGGAAUAUCCAUGCUAGACUUAACAAGGUCAGUGGUUGCUUUUACAUCAGGAGGUAUUAUAAUGUUCAUUCUUGUGGUGUUGCUGGGCGUACGACAAAGAACUGUCAUGCUAAUUCAACUCUAAUUAGUCAAUGGAUAAAGGAUGAUGUUCGAGACAAGUCAAAGAAACGUCUUGUUGACGUUGUUGAUGAUAUGAAGGAGUAUUAUGGGGUGGAUGUGUCAUAUAAUUAUCCUAGAAGUGUUUUUGAUGUUGACUGGGAUCAAACCACAAAUCAUUUUUUGAGGUUGUUUGUAGCGUUUGAUGCCUGUGUACAAGGAUUUAAGUACUGCAGGCCUGUUUUAUCUGUUGAUGCAACAUUCUUGAAGGCAAGGCAUAUGGGAUGCUUGAUGUCUACUUCAGCUAAAGAUGGUAAUGCAGAUGGUAAUGCAGGUCUAUUUCCAUUGUGCUUUGGUGUGGUUGAUUCUGAGAAUAAUGAUAAUUGGCUUUGGUUCAUGGAGAAGUUGCAUGGUAUUUUGGAUGAAGAGAGAAUGAUUGUUUUUAUAUCUGACCGUCACAAAGGAAUAAAAAAGGGUAUUGCGAAGGUGUUUCCUUCAAGCUUUCAUGCUUACUGUCUCUAUCAUUUGAGGGGUAACUUGCGUACUUGUUUGGCAUCCACAAAUGUCAAGGAUAAAGAGAGUUUGAUCAAAGUGUUUUCGAAAUGUGCUUAUGCUCCCACUGUGGCAAAGUUUAAUCAGCAUAUGGGUAAUUUGCUAAAACACGGUGGUGCAGCAGUUGUUCAUUUUCUGUCAGAGUUACCUAAUGAGCGUUGGGCGAAUGUUUUUUUCCCAGGGCAACGUUAUGGAGCAAUGUCCUCUAGUCUAGCUGAGUGCUUUAACUCAUGGAUAUUCAAAGAGCGUGAAUUGCCCAUGGUGGAUAUGGUUGAUCGUAUAAGGAAGAAGAUGAUUAAAUCAAUGUGUUUGAGGAGAGAAAAGGCAAGUAAAUGGGAGCAGGUGAUUUGUCCUUAUGGGGAGUCUUGGUUGGAAAAGUUAUAUGAUUUAGUUAAAACAUGGAAAGUGAUUCCUUCAAGUGCUGAUAUAUUUGAAGUUGACACUGAUCCGUCUGUAAGUGUUGAUAUUGGGAAGCAGCGUUAUUUUCACGUUGAGAGUUAUCGUGAGGUGUAUUCAAAACCAAUUUAUCCGGUUGCGUCAUUGUGGAAAGGUGAUGUGGUUGAUUGUGGUACUAGUAUUCUGCCACCCUUGUCAAAAAAGCCUCCAAGAAGGCCUAAGAAGACGGGGAUUCGUUCGAAUGGGGAGAAGCACUUUGAAUUAUGUGAAGUAUCUAAGCAACCUGUGUGUAUUAUAGCUUAUGGGAACUAUCUAUGA